AAUGUUUACUUCCAUCAUCCCCGCUAUGUGAUUGGAGGCGGCCGCACCAUGUGACCUCCCACCCACACUGUCUUGUUUCUCCAACCAGGAAGUGUAAGAGAUCUAAAAUGAGCCAUAAGGACAAUGUCUUCCUUUUGCGCUGCUGGAAAUGCCGGAAGUGUGUAGCCAGUUCAGACUGUUUGAUCAUGGACAGAGAAUGUGUACAUUGUCAGAAAGAUGUUGAUUCAUCCACUUAUCAGGCGGCUUGUAAUAUAUGGCACAUGGAGGUUGAAGAAAGUCCAGACUGGAUAAAGAGAGAGUUUGAAAAGGUUUACUGGACAGCUGGCAAGCUGAACUGUCCUUAUUGCAGGUCACGACUCGGGGCCUUCAACUUUAUCGACAGCACAAAAUGCACCUGUGGCCAUCUUGGCAUCGUACGUCUUUGUAAAAGCAAAAUUGAUGUUGGUUUUCCAGUAACGGGACCAAACCUGGCAUCUGGUCCUCUGUCCGCCUUCGCACAUGAGAAGGCUUCCAGCAGCAAAACCAGAUGUGGGAUGAUGGAGCCAUUCAGAAGGAAGCUGGAUCAAGCUUGUUUGACUGCAGACACAUACAACCCCCUCUCUGGAUUAUUAAUGGAGGCAUUAUGUCUUGAAGUGCCAGCAUCUAGAAAUCAAAUAAGACGAGCAUUUCUAAAAAACGCAUCCCUAAAGAAACCUAAUUCUGCUAUAAGAGAAAGCAGGAGAGACUGUGGUGGAUGUUUAUUUCACCGUAAAUCAAAAAGUUUGGACUCGGACAUCAAUGAGUUGGCAGAACUGAAUGGAAACUUUAUGGUGCUACAGAUGAGCCAGAGACAAUCAAGAGUAUCUGUUUUCAGCUCUAGUAGUGAAGCUCAACCUUCUUUUGGUAAUAGAUCACUAGCAAGGAUGACAGAGUUUUUAGGAAGCACAUCAACAGUAACAAAUGACCUGAUUUAUAAUAGAAUAACGCAUGAAGAAAGCAACAGUACUACAUUAUCAACAUCCAUAACUAAUGCCGUACCACCAAGAUUAACACCUAGAGAUGUUCUCCAGUCAACAGCAGACUCUACCUCAGCUCAGGUCUUACACUCUUCACCCACCAGGUUAGCCGGGACAGACCAAAGGUUAACCAGGAGAGAAAUAAACAAGCUUAAAAAUUUAAGGCGAAAACAAAGAAAGAGAGAGAAAUGGCUGCUGGAACAUAGGCAGAUCAAUAUUUCAAAUCUAAGAACAGAGGAUGAGGAAAAAGAGGACAUCCCAGAGAAGGAAAGCUACACUUGUGCUGUGUGCUUAGAUGUGUAUUUCAACCCUUACAUGUGCUAUCCGUGCCGCCAUGUCUUUUGCGAGCCGUGUUUACGCACACUGGCAAGAGACAGUCCAUCAAGAACACCCUGUCCACUUUGCAGGACAAUCAUUGCAAUAGUGCACUUUCAGACAGACCUCAGCAAAUCUUCUGCGGCUCUUUUUCCAAAUGAAUAUCUGAAAAGGAAGCAGAGUUUCCAGAGAGCAAGUUGUGCAAAAUGGCCAUUACCUAGCUGCAAUCGACUCUUCAGAGUGUUCGGAGAUUUCAGAAGACACAUGGACCGUAUAGGAAGAAGGCAGUUUCCACAUGCUGGUUACAGAUUUGACUUUGAAGAUGAAAGCCAUGGAUGGAGAUUCAACCUUGACAUGAUUAUGAUAUAUUUUUACUCUAUGAACUGGGUCAUUGGAUUUAUUGUAUUCUGUCUUCUCAUUUAUUACUUCUUUCUCUCAGUGUAACAAAAAUAUAUAUUGAUCAUAAAUAACACAGCAGUUGUUAAACACCAUGUUCAUUUAAUAAACUUUUAUUUUGAAGUGUGU